UCUCGAUUCCUGAUAUCAAGCCGCAUACCGAGUUCGCGCCAUUACAUCUUACCACAAAUCCAGAUCCCAACAUCGUUUUCCCGAAAUACCAAACUGUCACCCACAAUGGCAGGCUACCCCUCCCCGCUGGCGGGUUAUGAGAACGCCCCACCUCUGCCCGAAGAGCGGGCCGAAGAUGGCAAGAGCUUCCGGAACCCGCAGACCGGCGUGCUCAGCAGUGCGUACCAAAGAUUUACUGAACCUCUCGACAACGGCCCCAAGGGCGGUGACAUCCACAUCUACUACUUCCAGAACAACCCAGAACAAACAGAAUACGCGCGCGCCCUGAGGGAGCGCAUCCGGCGCGAGUUCCCGGAGCUGCGGGUGUACGCGCUGUGGGACCGCCCGAUCGGCCCCCACCCGGUCGCCAUGUUCGAGGUGAGCGUGCACUCGCCCGCCCAGUUCGGCGCCGUCGUCGCCUGGCUGGCCGUCUGGCGCGGCCCGCUCUCCGUGCUGGUCCACCCCAACACCACCGAGCCCGAGACCGACCUGCCCGCCGCUGACCGCGAGCGCCGAAACCACACCGACCGCGCCAUCUGGAUGGGCGAGCGCUUGCCGAUAGAUGUUGCUGUUUUUGGCCGGGUGAGUGGUUAGUUAGUUGGGGGGUGGGGCGUCUGCUGGGUCUGCUGGCGGUGCUGGAGGGACGGCGCCGGCUUGAGCCUUGAGCCUUGAGCGGGGUGGUGGGAAUUAUCUAACGGAUGUUCAUGAGGGGAAGACGGAGGGGACAGGCGCGGUGAGAUCCCGCCGGCUCUCUACGCGCCGGUGGCUUCAGAAAAGUCCCCAAUAAGAACGCCAGAAACGGCAUCCUUCAAGGCUGGCAUUGUCGAUGGGAAAGUGACCUUUGGCACCACGCGUCUCGGGGGAUCGCG